AUGGCAACCCUCCGCGCCCCCUCCUCCCUCCCCGCAACAACACCCUCCCCCUCCAUCCCCGCGCCGACCCUCUCCUGGCUCCGCGGCUCCUGGAACGUAACCCACUCCACCCUGCCCAUGUGGAAGAAAUCGCGCAACGUGCGCAUCGAAUACACGCCCGUGCCCAACACCUCCCCGUUACAGCUCGACGACCUCGUAACCUACCAAUCCCUGACGUCCACGGCCCUGAAAUCAGUGCACGGCGUAGACAAGCCGUUCGAUGUGCCGAACACGGCGGCGGCCCCGGCGGAAGAGGGUGCCGAGAUGUCGUCGAGUAUGGCGUAUAAUUGGCGCGGGAAAGGCUGGCUGAUGAUUGCGUCGUCGAAGUGGGAGAUUUUGGGGUAUGGGGAUGAGGAGGGGGGCGGGAAUAGUUGGGUCGUUACGUAUUUUGCGAAGACGCUGUUUACGCCUGCGGGGGUGGAUUUUUAUUCGAGGAAGGGGACGUUGAGGCCCGAGACGGUGGAGAGCAUUAAAGCUGGGCUGGCUGGGCUUGGAGGCGAUGUUGCUAAGUUGGCGGCUGAGGUGUUUGAGGUUGCUGUUGAUGGGGAUAGGCAGGACUGA